AUGGCAGGACCAUACGGGUAUUCAGCUUUAUUUUUUCAAGCUUGUUGGGAGAUUAUCGGACGAGAUGUGAUUGAUGCUGUAAGGGAUUUCUUCGCUGGAUCUAUAAUUCCAAGGGGAAUCGCGGCUACUUUGAUAGUCCUUAUCCCAAAGAAGAUGGAUCCAACCAGAUGGGCUGAGUUUAGACCUAUAAGCCUAUGUAAUGUUUUGAACAAAAUCAUCUCUAAACUAAUUGCAGCAAGGAUGGCUCCUUUGCUUCCAAUGAUUACAGCUCCAAACCAGAGUGGUUUCAUUAAAGGACGACUCCUAAGCGACAAUGUCUUCCUAAGCGACAAUGUCUUUUUGGCUAAGGAACUAUUUCAUGAAAUAUGGAAGGGAGUUUCUUCUCCGAAUAUGGUGCUUAAAUUGGAUAUGGAGAAAGCUUAUGAUCGGGUCCAAUGGCCAUUCCUUCUUAAAGUUCUCAAGCGCAUGGGAUUUUCUAAUAAAUGGGUGAUGUUGAUUGAGAACUGCAUAUCUCCCUGCUGGUUUUCAGUGCUAAUCAAUGGAUGUUCAGCUGGAUUCUUUAAAUCGACAAGGGGACUCAGGCAAGGAGAUCCGAUAUCCCCAUCCCUCUUUAUUUUGGCGGCAGACUAUCUGUCAAGAUUGCUGGAUCGUCUAAUUUUGGGAAGAAAGGAGAUGAUGUACCGCACAGCAAGGUACACCAUGGGGAUCUCACAUUUAGCUUACGCGGAUGACAUCAUAAUUUUCUCGCAGGCACAGAGGACGGCCAUCUUAAACUUGCAUGAAUGUUUAAAGCAUUGUAUGGUGGCCUCGGGACAAAAAGUUAAUGUGGGUAAGAACUGUUUUUUUCUUGAUAAAGAACAUGACUCGUGGGCGGAGGAGAUUAAGGAGGUGCUUGAACCUACUAAAGGAGCAAUGAAGCAGGUGGAACAAGUGAUGGCCCGUUUCCUAUGGGGCUCCUGCAAUGCAUUGAAAAAGACCCACUGGGUCAAUUGGCAGAGAAUCUGCCUUCCAACGAAUGAAGGGGGUUUGGGUAUACGACGGAUGGUGGACGUGGUGGAGGCAUUUAGCAUCAAAAUAUGGUGGAGGUUUCGAGAACAGGGGUCGCUAUGGGCAAGGUACAUGUUCCACAAGUAUUGCUCAACCUCUAUCCCUUUGGUAACAUACGGAUCUAAUCGCUUCAGCCCGAUGUGGAGACGAAUGUUCAGGGUGGGAGAUUUGUGUAGAGGGCAGAUUAGGUGGGUGCUCGGGGAAGGUAAUAUCAGCUUUUGGUAUGAUGAGUGGGUGUCGACAAGGCCUCUGGCAACUUUUUGCAACCCAGAUGCAGCCUUACUGAACUUAACUGUCAAUGAUUUUUGGGUUGGGGAUCAGUGGAACGAAUGGGAGCUGCGAAUGCUAGCGGAGGAGGUGGGUCUGCCAGAUGAGAUUGUAGAGGAAAUUUUGCAGGUUCCAUUUGAUAAGAGGGAGAAGGAUAGAGGGAGGUCAGAAAGAAGAUUGGUGUAUGAGAUGAUCUGGGGAAAAUGUAUUGGUAUCUCAAUAUCCUUUUUCUUGUGGCGGCUACUAGCAAAUAGAAUUCCGGUGGACACAAAGCUGCAAUGGAGGGGGAUCUCUUUGGCUUCCAAAUGCAGAUGUUGUGAGAAACCGGACAUUGAAUUUAGACUUCAUUUGUUUGUUAAUGGAGAGGUAGCGAGAAAGAAAGGAAUAGAAAGGAAUGAGAAUGUAAAUAGGGAGAAAGCUUUUGAAGGAGAAAAUGUGAUUAAAAGAAUUAGUGAGCCGUUGAAGAACCUUGUUUUGGCUAAAUUGAUUGGACCAGAGCAAUGGAGAGAGUGUUGUCCGAGAUUAGAGGUUAUGACAGAUCAGAGAAGUGGGACACGCUCUAGGAAGGUUGAUAGAGUGCAGUGGAGACCCCCAGAUCCUUCGUGGAUCAAACUUAAUGUUGAUGGUGCCUAUCUUCAGUCGGUACAGAAAGCUGGGGGAGGAGGAGUUAUAAGGGAUUUAGAUGGCGAAAUUCUCGCAGCUUUUGCUGCUGAUCUGAAAGGAAACUCGGUGAUGGAGGCUGAGGUUUUGGCUCUACUGAUGGGUCUGGUCUUAGCCAAACAGCACGGAGAUGGAUAUGGAUUGAGAUGGAUGCAGAGAUUGUGGUUCGAUGGCUGGACUCAGGACAGUUUCACCGUGGAUCACCAGGUAGGCAUUCUCUAUAAUGAUUUCAAUGAACAAAUAUGUGCUAUGUUGGAUUCAGGGGCGAACGGAGGAUUUCAAUGGAAGAGCGGAGCGGAGGCCAUGGCAGUGAUAGAUGAAUUUGCCAACAACAGUCGCGGGUGGUCGAAGGAGAGGCAUCAAUCUAGAAGGGUUGCAGCCGUAGAAGCAUCCGAGGAGAGCUCAUUUGCAAAGGAGUUGGCAGAGCUCAAGGUUAGGGUGAAUUAG